UAUUAAUUUAAAUGGAAGAAGAGAAUAAGGGCCAAGACAGAUUUCUCCCGAUUGCUAACAUUGGUAGAAUCAUGAAAGAUGCUAUGGUUGGAGAUAAUUCGAGUGCUAAGAUCUCCAAAGAAGCUAAAGAGACUGUCCAAGAGUGAGUAUCCGAAUUUAUUAGCUUUAUCACCUCCGAAGCAUGAGAAAGGUGACAAGGUGAGAAAAGGAAAACUAUUAAUGGAGACGAUAUCCUAUUUGCUAUUGAAGCCCUCGGAUUUGACGCUUAUAUGCCAGGCCUCAGGGAGUUUUUAAAGGCAUAUAGGGAAGUUCAUAAAACUGCUCCUACUGAAGCUCCAUCGGAGAACCAACAGGAAAAUGCCGAGUAA